CCCUCUCGAUCUUCACCCGGCAUUUUACUUCUUCAUUGAUCAACGUUUUCUCUCAUUUUACACCCAAAAUCUUUGACCUUAAACGCUAAAAAUGGCAAGACAAAUACCUUUAUCGUGUAGUGGACACACUAGACCAGUUGUAGAUCUGUCUUUCUCCGAGAAUACACCWUAUGGAUAUUUUUUAAUAAGCGCUUGUAAAGAUGGAAAACCAAUGCUACGUCAGGGUGACACAGGAGACUGGAUYGGAACAUUUGAGGGACAUAAAGGUGCUGUAUGGAGUGCCUCUCUGAAUAAAGAUGCUACAAAAGCAGCAAGUGGUGCUGCAGAUUUUACAGCCAAAAUAUGGGAUGCAGUUACUGGUGACGAGUUAGCUAGUCUACCCCACAAACACAUCGUAAAAACUGUAGAUUUUUCUUCAGACAGCAAUUAUUUAUUGACUGGAAGCCAAGAGAAAUUGAUUCGAACAUUUGAUUGUCAAAACACUGACGCAGACCCAGAGGUUCUCAAGGGACACACAGGUAAUAUCAGAGUAGCUCGGUGGAAUAAAGACAGUUCUUGUAUAUUCAGUGGUGGAGAGGAUAAAGUUCUUAGAGUUUGGGAUAUCCGUGCAUUAGAAAACACAAAAAAUGUUGAACUACAGCAUGCUAUUACUAGUAUGGAACUGAGCGCCGAUGGCAAUAUUCUUCUUUUGACCUAUGGCAAAACUGUCUCUUUUUGGAAUGCACACAGUAUGGAUCUGAUUAAAUCAUUCGAUACACCAACCCAAGUUUUCUCAGCCUCACUUCAUCCUAACAAAUCCUGUUAUGUGGUUGGUGGAGAGGACUUUAAACUUUAUAAGUUUGACUACGARAAUGGCAAUGAAUUAGAAUCCUACAAGGGUCACUUUGGGCCAGUUCACUGUGUCCGGUUUUCUCCUGAUGGAGAACUUUAUGCAUCAGGAUCUGAAGAUGGGACGUUAAGACUGUGGCAAAACACUGUCGGCACUACUUAUGGACUAUGGAGAGCUGUGUCAGCCACUAAUGGUAACAGUAGCAGUAAUAGUAGUAAUGCGUCAGGAAAUUCUUAAUUGUUAAUAAUUAUAUAUAACAAAAAUAGAAACCUAACUGAUCAUAGUUAUGUUUGGAGUGCUUUUCACAUUACUAUGAUCUUCUGGCAAAACUUGAGAAAAAGUGCUAUACCUGGAGCUGUCUAGUUGUAUUGAGACAUGAAAAGCAMUCUAUAAGCUUGUUUCACUUUAGUUUUGCAACUCAAGUCCAAGCAUAACAGAUGAUGACUAAUUUUUGGAACUAGUUUGGACUGCGUUGGUGUUUUUUAGUUAAAUCAAAUUUUAAUUUUAUCGCCGUAGGUAGUCUACUAUCUUUUGUACCUAUGGUGAUAAAAUUAUCUACUACGACACAUUUGAUCUAAGCAUAGCAGGGUACAUGUCAUUUCAUACUUUAUGACCAGAUUUAUAUGAUGAUCAACAUUCAGCAGACUGUUGUUUGAUCAUCAGUUGGAUGUUCUUCAUCCAUUGACCAUCUGUCGGUCAAUGAUUAGCCAAUAGAUGGCAUUGACUAACUUUUUAGCCAAUGUUCCCAUCUGCAGGCAUACAGGCCAGGAUCACCAGCAUCCAGUACAUUUCUGAGAUACACUGACUCGCACCCAUGACUCAGUCACUGCCAUGCUCUUCCUCACAUCCUGUCUUAAGUUAAUUUUACAUGUAACUGUACUAAGACUCUGUUAGUAGUAAUAUUCCUUAACUCCUUUAUAGUAUUAUGCCUUUUAACCUCUUCUCCUACAAUGUAGUUAUCACGACAACAAAGAUGUAAAAAAGUUGUAUAUAUAAUAUGCAAAACCUGAACAACAUUAUUCUUUGACCACAACUAACACAGAUCUGACAAGGAGUUCUUUUUUUGAUUAAUGAAAAUUAAGAUGGUAUUGAUGGUUUUCAYGGCGGCCAUGUUGGAGGAACUUAACAAAAGAAUUGUCAAUGAAUUCUUUUGUUAUAUCCUCCAACAUGGCUGCCACGUCUUUUGUUAUUUAAUUCUCUUGGGAAUGAUUGAAAACCAUCAAUAGUAUUAGAGUGUUAUUAGAUAUGUGGCUYCCACUAAAGUUAUUUUAUAAAAGACUAUAUUACACAGGUCAAAGUUAAAGUUUAUAAAAUAAGAACUAACUUCGUUAGUCAUAAAAUGUAGUAGCCAUGAAAUAAUCAAUUAUGUAAUGACAGUUUAAUAAAAUGUGAUUUUCUUGAAUGAA